GUACGAGGCAAGUGGGUGAAGGAAGAACGGCAGUAACGGGUUGGUUCUGGACGCCAGAAGAACGAGCGUGAUAUCUGCACUAUGUUCUGCGCGGGCAGUGUAUUCUUAAUGGCACUUGUGGCUCGCGCCACCUGCCAGUAUGAUACUCACCAACCAUACAUACAACCUGAGGUAGUAACUCAAACUGUUACGGUCACGACAACUGUCACUCAAGUCAUCCGCGUUCCCGUGACUUCAGAUGUCUGGGUCAGCUCGGUCAUCAUCCAUCCUGUUACGGCGACGCAUCUCGUAACCGAAUAUUCUUACGUUCCGAUUGAUUCCACCACUGUUACCAGCGUCAUUAUUGUAACCUCUACUCCAGUGUCGGUGGUGUCCCAGACUAGUCAGGUGAAUCCGGUACGGACAGCAGUCUCGGUGUACACAACCUUCGUAACUGAAACGGAGAGGAAACAGUUGUACCACACCGUCACGCACUUCGUUCAUCAGCAUGAGCUAAAGACCGUUCCGGUACAUUCAGUCCAGACACUGCUCCAACGGGUCACCACCACAAGUCAUCGUUAUAUCACCGUUACCGUCACAUCCACCACCUACGGAUAUCACUGAAGAUCAAGGCUUACUUUUUUUAUAUCUCCACCAUAGAGUAUUGUGGAGAAAAUUAACACGGAAAUAGUACAUUACAAUUGAAGUACCAAGCAAAAAGGUUGUUAUAAUAAAUAUACGACCAAAA